GCCGUUGCCGUGGUAACGAGCCCUAGGCGGCGGAGAUGGGGCUGAAGCGGCUGCUGCUGCGCUACUUCCCGCCGGGAAUUAUUCUGGAAUAUGUAGAAGGUGGUGAGCUGAAGACCAGAUCUAUAGAUCUGCUUGAUCUUAGUCCUGACACAGAUAUCAUCACCUUAGUAGAAGAAAUUCAAAAAGAAGAACCUCUCAUCACAGCUUCUUGCAAGGAACAUGUCAUAUGUUUAGUACAAAGAUUGCAAGAGAAACUAGGGGAACAAGAGGACCACAAAUUCUAUCUUUUUAAGGUACUAAGGGCACAUAUAUUGCCACUGACAAAUGUAGCAUUCAACAAAUCUGGUUCCCGCUUUAUCACAGGAAGCUAUGACAGAACCUGCAAAGUAUGGGAUACUGCAUCAGGAGAAGAGUUGCAUACACUAGAGGGACACAAAAACGUCGUUUAUGCAAUAGCUUUUAAUAAUCCCUAUGGUGACAAGAUUGCCACUGGAUCUUUUGAUAAAACCUGCAAAUUGUGGAGUACUGAAACAGGAAAAUGUUAUCAUACUUUCAGAGGACAUACUGCAGAAAUAGUAUGUUUAUCGUUUAAUCUUCAAAGCACGUUGGUGGCAACUGGAAGCAUGGAUACCACUGCCAAAUUAUGGGAUAUAGAGAAAGGAGAAGUAGUAUUUACUUUAAGAGGUCACUCAGCAGAAAUUGUUGCAUUGUCUUUUAACACCACUGGAGACAGGAUUAUCACCGGCUCCUUUGACUGCACAGUAGGAGUGUGGGAUGUUGUCACUGGCAGGAUGUUGCAUAUUUUAAUAGGCCAUCGAGGAGAAAUUAGCAGUGCACAGUUCAACUGGGACUGUUCUCUUAUUGUCACUGGAUCAAUGGACAAAACAUGCAUGCUGUGGAACGCUAUGACUGGUGCACAUAUAGCAACUUUAACAGGUCACAGUGAUGAAAUAAUGGAUGUCUGCUUUGAUUAUGCUGGCCAGCGUAUUGCAACCGCCUCUGCUGAUGGAUCAGGAAGAGUCUACAAUGCAGAAACAAAAAAGUGCAUUGCAACACUAGAAGGGCAUGGAGGUGAGAUUUCAAAGAUAUGUUUCAACCCUAAGGGCAAUCGUAUUCUAACAGCCAGCUGUGAUAAGACAGCUCGACUCUGGGAUGCUGCUACUGGACACUGCCUUCAGAUAUUAGAGGGCCACACUGAUGAGAUAUUCUCCUGUGCUUUCAAUUACAAAGGCAAUACAAUCAUUACAGGGAGCAAGGAUAACACCUGUAGAGUAUGGCACUGACUGACGACAAGGAAAGAUGCAGUGUGGUAUGUGCCUACAUCCUGAGUUCCGUAGUCAAUAAACUCAGUUUCAGAUAUGCUUUACUUUUAGUCAUUUGUUGUGUUUCUGCUCUGCUCAAGUAGCCAAGUUACUUCAAUUUUUGUAGGUUUGAAUUGCUGAUUCCUGGUAGCUAAAGAUUCACAGAAUAGUUAAAUUUCAAAGAGCCCUCUAGAGAUUGGCUAGUCCAGUAAUCCUGCCAGCAUGCUGCCCAGGAACACAACAGUGACUUUUGGAUAUCUCCAAGAAUGGAGAUUCAACAAUUUAUCUGGGCAACGUGCUCUACUGUUUAUCAACCUCACAGUAAAAAAAAAAUAUCUUUUUUUCAUUCCUGUUUAAAUGGAAUGCUUUCUUUGUUCCUGUUUCCUGCCUGUUGCCUUUUCACACAAUGCCACUGGCUCCAUUGUCAGUUAUCUGAGAGAAGCUAAUGUAUCAAUGAAUCCAGUAGGAUGCUCCUGUUUCUUUGUUUCUUCUGUGUCAUUGUUUCCUUGUAACCUUUUAAAUAAACAA